GCGCAUGCGCCGCAGAGGCGGAAGUGAAGUUUGAGCAGGGGAGAGGAGCUGAGCUGUCUCAGACAUGGACUGUCUCCGUUAGGCCGUCCUCUGAGAGAACAUCCGACCCGGAGCAGGAGGACACUUCGACCGAGACCUCACAGGACCGCGAGCCCGCCCCGAAACAUGAUGCGCUUCAUGCUGCUGUUCAGCCGGCAGGGGAAGCUGCGGCUGCAGAAGUGGUACACCGCCACGGCCGAGCGCGACAAGAAGAAGAUGGUGCGAGAGCUCAUGCAGAUCGUGCUCGCCAGGAAGCCCAAGAUGUGCAGCUUCCUGGAGUGGAGGGACCUGAAGAUCGUCUACAAGAGGUACGCCAGCCUGUAUUUCUGUUGUGCGAUCGAGGAGCAGGACAAUGAGCUGAUCACUCUGGAGGUCAUCCACCGCUUCGUGGAGCUGCUGGAUAAAUACUUCGGCAGCGUGUGCGAGCUGGACAUCAUCUUCAACUUCGAGAAGGCGUACUUCAUCCUGGACGAGUUCCUGAUGGGAGGAGAAAUCCAGGACACGUCCAAGAAGAGCGUCCUGAAAGCCAUCGAGCAAGCCGACCUGCUGCAGGAGGAGGACGAGUCGCCCCGCAGUGUGUUGGAGGAGAUGGGCCUGGCGUAGCGGCGGCGGCGUGGCGGACUGGCUGGACUCUCCUGGACUGGCGGCAGCAGCUCGGCGUCUCUGUACAGUUUUUAACUGACAAACACUCAGUUAGGAGAUCAUUACAUUACCAGGCCUUUAGCUGU